UUCAUGUCCCUGCCUCCUCCACUUCAUGUGUGCGAACGACUCCCUCAACAUUCGUCAGUGUUUCUUUCCCUGCCUGUGUUCAGCUCCCGGCAGUGGACACUGCUCCCGUCUGCCACUCAGACACGAGUGGAACGUGUCCAGGGUGAACAGAGGGAGGCUCCUGUUCGAAGUCUCUCUCUGUGGGCGCUCAGGAGGAGCGAGCGAGUGGAACCCGGAGCACGAGUGCGCCUGCGCAGACGCGGUAGUUGAAGGGGACGGGAAGCAGAGCCGAGGAGUUCUUCAUAUCUCAGUCUCUGCAGACAACUCGCUGGUUCCGGUUCCAGCGAUGUCAUCCCUGUGGUUUGUCCCAAACGGCACCACGCCCUCUGGCUUCCCGGACAAUAGUACCUGCUUCAGCUCGACACACAAUACUGUACUCAGUGGAGUCCCCUUUGGAGGAGUGCCAGUUGUGCUACUGCUUGACUUUAGUGUCUUCCUGGUGUUGCUGGUCAUCUUCUCUAUUAUCAGGAGGAAGUUUUGGGACUAUGGGCGUAUAGCUCUGGUUGCAGACCAGGAUGAGUUCACCGAGGCAACACACCGUCGCUAUGGUCACAUGUCAUCCAUUGUGUCCACUGAUGAUGACUUUGAGUAUGAACAGGGAUUCUGCUCUUGGCUGCCUUACGUCAUCAGGUUGAAUGAUGAAAAAAUGAAAGCCAAAUGCGGCAUGGACGCUGUCCACUACCUGUCCUUUCAGCGCCAUCUUAUCGUCUUGCUGGUUAUCAUGACUGUCGCCUCCCUGUCAGUCAUUCUGCCUGUGAACCUGAGCGGAGACCUGCUGGGAAAUGAGGCCAAGGAUUUUGGAAGGACAACGAUUGGGAAUCUUCAAAAGGGAAACAACCUGCUCUGGCUGCACACAGUAUUUGCCGUUCUCUACCUGAUCCUGACAGUCAUUGUGCUGCGACGUCACACUACACAGAUAAAAGGCAUAAGCAGAGAGACGGCCAGAAACAGCUUGUUUGUGUGUUCGGUUCCUAAAACAGCAACAGAAGAAUCUGUUAGGGUCCAUUUCAAAGAGGCAUACCCAACUUGUCAAGUGUGUGCUGUGACCGUGGGCUUUGAUGUGGCCAAGCUCAUGCAGCUUGAUAAGGAAAGGAUUCAAGCUGGAAAAAACCUGCGCUACUACGAGCGUGUCUUAGAGAGAACGGGACAACCUGAGUUGAUUAACCCCCGUUUGUGUGGGCACUUGUGUUGCUGCGGCAACUCUGAGAAGGUUGAUGCCAUAGCAUACUACAGUACCAAGGAAACAGACCUGCUGAGAGAGGUGAGGAAGCAGGUAGAACUGGUGCCACAGCGCCCCCUGGGGAUGGCCUUUGUGACCCUGCAGAACGAGGCUAUGGCCAAGUUCAUUCUGAAAGACUUCAACGCCCUUGAGUGUGGCGGCAAAAGCUGCUGCUGCGGGAAGGAGCCCCAGCUCUCGUCCAAGAGUGCAGCUCUGAAAGUGAACAGGUGGAGUGUCAGCUUCGCACCUCAUCCCAAAAAUGUGUACUGGGAAAAUCUGUCUGUGCGGGGUUUUCCCUGGUUCAUGCGUUACGUGAUGCUCAACUUCUUACUCUUCUUCCUGCUGACCUUCCUCACGACUCCCACCAUCAUUAUCAACACCAUGGACAAGUUCCGUGUGACCCAGCCCAUCCACUUUCUCAACAGCCCCAUUAUCAGUCAGUUCUUCCCCACUCUCCUGCUCUGGACCUUCUCUGCAUUACUACCUACAUUGGUCUACUAUUCUACGCUAGGAGAAGCACACUGGAGCAGGUCCAGUGAGCAGCUGAGCAUGAUGCGUAAGCUCUACUUCUUCCUGCUCUUCAUGGUGCUUAUCCUCCCCUCGCUAGGACUCACCAGUCUUGCAGUGUUUUUCCGCUGGCUGUUCGAUAAUGAGUUUCUCUCAGGCGGGAAACUGAGGUUUGAGUGUGUGUUCUUACCUGACCAAGGGGCAUUUUUUGUCAACUACGUGAUCGCAGCGGCCCUGGUGGGCUCCGGGAUGGAGUUGCUGCGGUUGCCAGGGUUACUGCUGUACAUCAUUCGUUUGGCAUGUGCACGUUCUGCUGCAGAAAGGAAAUAUGUCAAACAGAACCAGGCCUACGAAUUUGAGUACGGAGCCAUGUAUGGCUGGACCCUCUGUGUGUUCACUGUCAUUAUGGCUUACAGCAUCACUUGUCCCGUCAUCAUGCCUUUCGGUCUCCUGUACAUGCUGCUGAAGCACCUGGUGGACAAACACAACCUGCACUUUGCCUACCUGCCCACCCGCCUCGACCGUCAGGUCCACCUGGAAGCUGUCAAUCAAGCUCUGGCUGCACCCAUCAUCUGCCUAAUAUGGCUCUAUUUUUUUUCCGUCCUCAGAACAGGUUUCUGGGCCCCCACAUCUCUUUUCACCCUGGUGGUCCUGUGCAUCACUGUCUUCAUCUGCCUCAGCUACACCUGCUUCGGGCAUUUCAAAUACCUCAGCCCACACAACUAUGCAGUAAAAGAGGAGGACGAGGAUCCUGCAGAGGAAAUGGAAGAAGACGCAGAGGUCUACCUUCCCAGAGUGCUUAAUCCCAAAUCACGUGCCAGCACCACACAGGGGUCCAAACCUGAUCAGUUUUAUGGCGCGACAGAUGGCAGUCUGGCCGGCAGCUUCAGUCCAGUGGAGGGAAGCAUGUCAGACAGCUGAAUCCAGAGUAUUUCAACGCCUCAGAGUCAGAAUUCCUUUUUUUAACGCCUGAGUGUAAAUCUGCUUCUUUAACAAUGAUUUCAGUACUGAAGUGAAGAGUUUGAAUUCACUUCAACCUGAAACCACCCGGCUCAUUGAGAAAAUCUCCCGAUGGUUCAAGAGGAGAAAGAGCUCUGAAGUCUAAAGACCUGCACUAUGCCGCCCCACACUAGUCCAACUUCUUUACUUUCUGUUUAUAAAAAUGAGUUAAAAGUAUCAGGGUGGACAGUUUGUCGAAUUUGACUUACCAUGACUAGCAUUUCGCACACCUCCAUGUGAAACCGGCCAAGCCGUCUCUCUUAAUCAUGUUUGUCAGAAAAUUACUUGUUGUAUGUUUCUGUCUAACACCUCUCUCUUUCAUAAGUCACCAAGGAACGUUUAACCAAAACGUGCCAUUUCACACAAUCAGUAAUGUUUAUUGAAAGAAUAUUGAAAUUCAUUUAUUGCACAUUAGUAAGAAGUGAACUAUGAACUCAACUAGAUAUUCAAGCCUCCACCAAUCAUGCCAAAGAGGUGGACAAUCCGAGCCUUCAGUUUUUCUCCAGACUUCUCCAGUCCUUUUUGACCCAAGAGGACAUAGCCUGCCAAGGGAAUUAUUUAUUGUCUAAUGUUAAUUUUGCACUUUUUGUAUCAAGGGAGGUCUGUAUGUGUGUCUAGUGACACUAGCUAAAUAUUUUGACUUCUGCAAUAAGUUAACAGAACAAAUGUUUGUAUCAGUAUUGCUAGUUUUGCAACCAAAAACUGUUAAUUGUGUAAGCUAUACAUGGCUAUGGUUAGAGGGGUUAUCUGUGUUGUUGGUCAAGGUACGAAAAUGAAAUUAUGCUGUAUCAAUAUGAAGAAAUUAUUUUUCUUCAUUUCAGGUCAACUUUUAUUUGUAUUUAAAUAACUUUGAAAUCAUGUUUUUUCAGCUUUUUUAAAAUUUGCAAUUUAACAAAGAAUUAAACCCUUCAAGCAAA